GGACCCCCCACUGACGAAUAAAGUAACUCCUUGUGGACCCCUCGCUCACUCUCACACACCAUGCAUCUCACUCUCUCUCUCUGUCUGUACUCUGUAUAAUAUUGUUUUUCUGCUGAAGCAAUCACUCGACCGAAGUCGAAGUUAUCCUCCGACGCCGGAUGCCAAUCGAUAGACAAUUUUAGAGAAACUUCAGGGAAAGGCUUUGAACAUGUUUUCUCCUCUCUAUGGCCGGAUACCAUGGCUGUCUCCAACUAUUUGGUUUUCGGUCUUCCUGUUACUCUUACUGCAGAAUUUUGGAGGAGCUCUAUCAGCUUCCAAUUACUUGAUUGGUCUGGGAAGUUAUGACAUAACAGGGCCUGCUGCUGAUGUUAAUAUGAUGGGAUAUGCAAAUAUGGAACAGACUGCUUCUGGAGUCCACUUUAGGUUGCGUGCUCGUACAUUUAUUGUGGCCGAACCUAGGGGAAAUCGUGUAGUAUUCGUAAAUCUUGAUGCCUGCAUGGCCUCACAAAUUGUCACAAUUAAAGUACUGGAGAGGCUGAAAGCAAGGUAUGGGGGCCUUUAUACAGAGCAAAAUGUUGCCAUCAGUGGUAUCCAUACUCAUGCUGGGCCUGGAGGCUACCUUCAGUAUGUUGUAUACAUCGUAACAUCACUUGGAUUCGUCCACCAGUCAUUUGAUGUGAUUGUUGAUGGCAUUGAGAAAAGCAUUGUACAAGCUCAUGAAAACCUUCGACCGGGGUCUAUUUUUGUAAAUAAAGGAGAGCUAUUGGAUGCUGGUGCAAACCGCAGUCCUAGUGCAUAUAACAACAAUCCUGCUGCAGAGAGGAGUAAAUAUAAGUAUAAUGUUGAUAAAGAAAUGACUCUCAUAAAGUUUGUAGAUGAAGAAUGGGGUCCUGUAGGUAGCUUUAACUGGUUUGCAACUCAUGGAACUUCUAUGAGUCGUACAAACUCAUUGAUAAGUGGUGACAAUAAAGGAGCUGCAGCACGGUUUAUGGAAGAUUGGUAUGAACAAAAAGGUCUUUUGAAAAAUUUUGAUGGCUUGGAUGCUAAUAGACUUGGAACUGACGGAAUCCCUCGAAGAGUCUCAAGCAUAAUACCAGACAUACACCAAAGCUGUAAUGACUUAAUGGAGGUUGCUGCCUCCUUCAAGUCUUCUCAGGGACGACCUGCCACGGAGUUUUCUAGUGUGGCAAAAAAGGUCCGGAAUUCUUUCAGGCAGGCUGACAGACCUCAAUUUGUAUCUGCAUUCUGUCAAACAAAUUGUGGUGAUGUGAGCCCUAAUGUUCUUGGUGCAUUCUGCGUAGACAGUGGACUAGCUUGUGAUUUCAAUCAUAGUACCUGCAAUGGGAAAAAUGAACUAUGCUAUGGCCGUGGCCCAGGCUUGGAUGAAUUUGAGAGUACAAGGGUCAUUGGAGAGAGGCAAUUCAGAAAGGCUGUUGAACUUUUCAACAAAGCAACGGAACAGCUCAAAGGAAAGAUUGGACACAAACAUGCUUAUGUGGAUUUCUCAAGCCUUGAGGUUUCACAGGACUCUGAGGUGGUGAAAACAUGCCCCGCUGCAAUGGGCUUUGCUUUCGCUGCUGGAACCACUGAUGGGCCUGGAGCUUUUGAUUUUAAGCAAGGAGAUGAUAAUGGCAAUGCCUUCUGGAAGUUGGUGAGGAACUUGCUCAAAACACCUAACCAAGAACAAAUCAAUUGUCAGCGUCCAAAGCCAAUUCUGCUUGAUACUGGUGAAAUGAAGGAACCAUAUGACUGGGCGCCCUCCAUACUUCCAGUUCAGAUUUUGCGGAUAGGGCAAUUAGUCAUUCUCAGCGUACCUGCAGAAUUUACAACUAUGGCUGGCAGGCGCCUUCGGGAUGUUGUCAAGGCGGUGCUCACUUCUGGAGGUAGUAAGGAAUUCGACAAUAAUGUCCAUAUUGUUAUUGCAGGCCUGACAAAUACUUAUUCCCAGUAUGUUACUACCAUUGAGGAGUACCAGGUGCAAAGAUACGAGGGAGCCUCCACUCUUUAUGGUCCACACACACUCAGUGCCUACAUUCAGGAGUUCAAGAAAUUAGCUUCAGCUCUUGUCAGUGGCCAAAUUCUUGAACCAGGCCCACAGCCUCCAGAUCUCUUAGACAAGCAAAUCAGUUUAUUAACACCUGUUGUUCUGGAUAUGACCCCUCCUGGUGUGAAAUUUGGGGACGUUAAAACUGAUGUUCCUUUGAAUUCGACGGUUAAGAGGGGCGGAUUGGUUUCAGUCACCUUCUGGUCUGCUUGUCCCAGGAAUGACCUUAUGACGGAGGGUACAUUUGCACUUGUUGAGCUUCUUGAGGACCAGAAGACAUGGGCUCCUGCCUAUGACGAUGAUGACUUCUGCCUACGUUUUAAGUGGUCUAGACCAGCAAAACUCAGUCCUCAAAGCUAUGCGACUAUUGAAUGGAGAAUUCCAGAAUCGGCAGUUCCGGGUGUUUAUAGGAUAGGGCAUUUUGGCGCUUCAAAGUCCCUUUUUGGAUCAGUUCAGCAUUUCACAGGUUCAUCCAGCGCCUUUGUUGUGGUAUAGGAGGUAUUUUCUUCUUGUUAUAUUUAUUAGUAACGUGAAGAAACUGUUGUUUUCUCUAGCACAUAUGUCUUUACAGCUUAUAUCCGGCAAUAAAAAAGAGAUCAUGAACUGAUAAGUGAAAAGAAAAUUUACACAGCAGUUGAAAUAGAUUAUGCACGUGUGUUUUGAAA